AUGGAUUCAAACGCCACUAGUUUGGCCCCCCAAUUAGCGGACCAAUUCAAUUUCACCCUUUUUUUUGAGCAGAUUGUCCUUUCCAUUCUGCCGUCUGCCAUCUUCCUCUGCGCAUCGGUUCCGAGGAUCUUGUCCCUCGUACGGAAGCCGCUACAAGUCAGCCAUGGUUGGCUGCUCAGGCUGAAACUGGGAGUCUGCAGCUUUUUUGUUGGCACUCAAAUCGCCUUGCUCAUAUUAUGGGUCUUAUCCAGUGCUGUGAAUGGCUCUGUGCCCGUGGUAGCCAGCGUCCUCAAGCUGGCUAUAUCGGCCGUGCUCCUUUACCUCUCGUAUCAGGAACACUAUAGAUGGAUUCAACCCUCGAUUCUAACUAGAGGCUACCUUGGCCUGACCAUCCUGCUCGAACUAGUCGAGGCGAGAACCCUCUGGAGUCGCCUUGGUCACGUUGCCAUUGCUGCCGUGUUCACCGUGUCCGUUGCUGUCAAAUUCGUCAUUCUAUUGCUCGAGGAACUGCCAAGGCCGCCAUCCCCAGCCUUCAACAAAAACUACAGAGCCGAAGAGUCUACUGGUGAUCUCCCCAAUCGGACCCAGGGUUGGUGGCCAAGGCUGUACUCGCUCCUUAAGAAGGGCUCCCGAGGCAUCCUCACCCAAGAUGAUCUCGGGGAUAUUGACGAGAAAUUUGACUCGUCAACUCUCUUGGCGUCCGCUACAUCAGCCUGGGCCGAUUCCCGUAAAUCUGGAAGAUACUCAUUGGUAUGGGCGAUGUUGAGAACUUUCAAGCUUCAGUGCCUCAUCAUCGCGGUCCCCCGGCUCCUUUUCUCCGCAUUGAUGUUUGCGCAGCCCUUUCUAAUCAACCGUGUCAUCGAUUUUGUGGGAAAGUCAUCGGUGCGAUACAAUCAAGAAGUGGCGCGAGGCUUGAUCGCGGCGACAUUCCUCGUGUACGCCGGAAUCGCGGUAACGAGAUUCGGCUACAAGCAACUGAUAUUCCAACUCAACACCAUGAUCCGGGGUGCUCUAGUGGGCCUGAUAUACCAGAAGACAAUGACCCUUGAGGCCAGCUCGAUUGCCGAGUCGGCGCCCCUUACUCUCAUGAGCACCGACAUCGAUGGUAUUAUCUCUGCUACACGAGCAUUUCAUGACUUGUGGCCUGGUGCGAUCGAGCUCGGCGCCGGCCUAUUCCUGCUUGAUCGCAAGGCGGGCCACUCGAGUUUCCUGGUACUGGUACCUGGCAUUCUUUGCUGGCUAGCAUCGCGGACAAUCUCCCAGACCACCAUUCCUGCUCAACGUGCCUGGAACGAGGCGAUCCAGACGAGGGUCUCUGUCACGUCAUCUAUGCUCGGACAGAUCAAGGGAAUAAAGAUGAUGGGACGAAGCGAUUACAUGGCCCAAACUAUCCAGAGUUUUCGGGGUUUCGAGUUGGACAUGUCGAAGAAGCUUAGAACUAUGCUCGCCUGGGCCACAAGUCUCUCGUCUGCGGUCAACCAACUCUCGCCCAUCGUUGUAAUCGCUGUGGCGGUCUUUUGGGCCAAGGGGUCGUCAGACUUCAGAGCAAGCGACAUAUUCACAACUCUUUCUAUCGUCAUCCUUGUGUCGCAGCCGAUUUCCAAUCUCGUCGAGUCAUAUCCUGUUUGUAUCUCAGGUCUGGCCUGCUGGGGCCGGAUUCAGAGCUUUCUUCUCCUCAGAGAGAAGGCUGAUCACAGAGACUUCUUUCGGACGCUUGGGACCCGAUUGCCGUCUCCGAAUGACAUAUACAUGCGCUCGAGCGAGCCAGGCAUCGAGCUACAGGCAUUGCCAUGCCUUGCCCGCGAAGCUCCGUCACCCGUCGUCGACAUCCGCCAGGCCACCUUUGCCACAAACGAUCAGCAGACCGACAAGACCGAGCUCCUCCGUGACAUCAACUUCCGGCUCCCAGCUGGCUCCAUCUCAAUGGUCGUAGGCCCUGUCGGUUGCGGCAAGUCUUCGUUGCUCAAAGGCAUACUCGGCGAGCUGCACAUGACCAGCGGCGCAGUCCACUUGGCCACAUCGUCAAUAUCGUACUGCGACCAGACACCCUGGCUUCAGAACGUUUCUCUCCGAGAUAACAUUGUAGGCCCAUUUCGGUUCGAUAAAGAGUGGUAUGCGCAAGUUAUCACAGCUUGCGCCCUUGAUCGAGAUUUCGCCUCGUUGCCAUGCGGAGACAAAACCCUCGUUGGAAGCGAGGGGUUAGCGCUCAGCGGUGGACAGAGACGGAGAGUGGGACUUGCAAGGGCUGUUUAUUCACGACGCGGGCUUGUCCUCCUCGAUGAUGUUCUCAGCGGCCUCGACGGCACGACGGCAGCCACUGUCUUCAGGUCUCUACUGGGCGAUGAUGGUUUGCUUCGCCGCCGAGAUGUGACUGUCCUUUUCGCCACGCAUUCCAUUCAGUUCCUGCACAAGGCAGACUUCGUUACCAUACUUGAAUCGGGGAUGAUCAAGUAUAACCAAGUCAAGUUUGACUCUAUUGACGAAGGAAUGAGGAGUAUGAUACGACGGAAUGCGAAAGAGACAUCCAUAGACACGCGGCCAAACGUCGACUCCGAAGCCGAGAUCGGCCAAUUGCGUUUGCACGAGGCAACAACCAGAAACCCGGGAGAUGCCGAUCUCACUCGUCAGACCGGAGAUUUCAGUCUUUAUAUGUUCUACCUGCGGUCGAUAGGACCUGUCUUCGCUUUGGCAUUAGCCAUCCUGGCGACUUUAUUUACCAUCUUUAGAAAGAUGCCGCAAAUAUGGCUCCGGAUAUGGACCCAGCACGGAAUAGACGAGGACCGGGGCUACUUUCUGGGCGUGUACCUUAUGUUCGCCGUGGCCUGUUUUGCGUCAAUCUGGAUGCUCUCCAGGUUUCAUCCUACUGACAGCGGGGUAGAUACAUUCAACAUCGUCGCCGAGAUAGCCAUCAUUGCAUCCGGUGCGCGGUAUGUUGUGGCCAUCAUUCCUUUCUGCAUGGUCGCGCUCUAUUUUCUCCAGGCGUUCUACCUGCGCACAUCGCGGCAGAUUCGCCAUCUCGAUCUCGAAGCGAAGUCGCCCCUGUAUGUUCACUUCUCCGAGACGCUCAGCGGGCUCGUCACCAUCCGGGCCAUGGGGUGGAAGCGGGAGUUUAUGGAGAAGAAUAGCGAGCGGCUGAACAAGUCUCAGACGCCAUUUUAUCUUCUCUAUUCCGUCCAGCGAUGGCUGAAUGUGGUUUUGGACUUUUUCGUCUGUUUCAUCGCCACCAUUCUCGUCGCUUUUGCGGUGUUGAUGCGCCAUUCGACGUCGGAAGCCGCCAUCGGCCUCGCCAUGGUUAACGUCAUCAGCUUCAACAACACACUUGCUUUUCUCAUCAACUCGUGGACAAACUUGGAGAGCUGUUUGGGAGCCGUCGCGCGGCUACGCAGCUUUCUAAAGGAGACUCCCAAGGAGGCCCUCGAAGCUGAGCGCCACGACCCACCGCGUGGAUGGCCUACCAGGGGCGACAUCGAAUUCAUCAACGUCACGUCGAGUUAUAGCCAUAAACUCACUCCUACAAUCAAAAACGUAUCCCUGACCGUCAAGGCUGGGCAGAAAGUUGCCAUAUGUGGCCGGACUGGAAGUGGCAAAUCAUCCCUGAUUCUUACUCUCCUCCGUCUCUUGGACCUCAGGUCAGGUUCCCUACGCAUCGACGGGAUGGACCUCGCCGUCUUCAGGCGGGAGGCCAUUCGAUCUCGCAUCAGUACGCUGCCCCAGGAGCCCGUCAUACUGCCUGGGACAGUGAGAGAGAACCUUUACCCGGCUGACAAGGUAUUUUCGGAUACGGACCUCAUAACGGCCCUGGAAAAGACAGGUAUGUGGGAAGCCAUCAGCGCCCGAGGGGGGCUCGGUGUCGAGCUGGACACAAUGGGUCUAUCGAUGGGCCAGAAACAGCUCUUCUGCCUCUCUCGUGCCAUUCUCCAUAAGACAAAGAUACUGCUGUUGGACGAAGCAACGAGCAGCUUGGAUCACGAUACGGGGGAGAAACUGCGGCGAGUGAUACAAGCCGAGUUUGCCGGCUGCACCGUCCUCGAGGUUACCCACAAGAUGGAAGCGAUUACCUCGUAUGAUGCGGUUGUCGUCAUGCAAGAUGGGGAGAUUACCCACAUGGGAGACCCUCGAGAGCUACUGCAGAGUGAGUUGAGCGGGUCAACAUGA